ACCACCCCAUAUAUAACCCUUCUUUUCUUUUCUCUCUCCCCAAAGAAAAAUCUCUCUUUUUUUUUUUUUCUCCUGUGAAAUCAGAGGGGAAACUAGCUUCUUCUUUCUAGAAAUUGCUCGUUAGAGAUUCAAGUCAUAAACUUUUCUUCGAUUUGAAUGGAGGGUCAUCAUCUCCAUCAUCAUCAACAACAACGGCUUCAUCCUCAGAAUAUGAGUGUGAACGUGGAUGGGAGUGAUAGGUUUCCUCAAUGGAGCAUCCAAGAGACAAAGGAGUUUCUCCUGAUCCGCGCAGAGCUGGAUCAGACUUUUAUGGAGACAAAGAGGAACAAGCAGUUGUGGGAAGUGAUUUCCAACCGAAUGAAGGAAAAGGGUUACCAUAGAAGUGCAGAACAGUGCAAGUGCAAGUGGAAAAACCUUGUUACACGCUAUAAGGGAUUUGAAACAAUGGAGCAAGAAGCGAUGAGACAGCAAUUCCCAUUUUAUAACGAAUUCAAUGCGAUUUUCACCUCAAGGAUGCAAAGAAUGUUGUGGGCUGAAGCUGAGGGUGGAUCGAAGAAGAAAAAGACGACGACGCCACUCUCGUCCGAUGAAGAAGAAUAUGGCAAUGAUCAAGAGAGUAUUGAGGCUGGUAGUGGCAGAAAGAAGAAAAAGGCAAAGAUAGCUAGUGGUGGUGGUGGCAGCGGUAGUAGUAGUUUGAACAGUUUAAAGGAGAUUUUGGAGGAGUUCAUGAGGCAACAGAUUCAAAUAGAAGCACAAUGGAUGGAAGCAUUUGAGGCAAGGGAAAAUGAGAGGAGGUUGAAGGAGAUGGAGUGGAGGCAAGCCAUGGAGGUGUUGGAGAGUGAGAGGAUAAUGAUGGAAGAGAGAUGGAGAGAAAGGGAGGAACAAAGGAGGAUUAGAGAAGAAGCUAGGGCUGAGAAGAGGGAUGCUCUAAUCACAGCUCUUUUGAACAAGAUAGAGAGGCAAUAAAUGUAGUAGAGAAGACUUGAGGCAAAACUCAAUUUUCGAUGAUAUUUAUACUUCAGUUACCUGUGUUUCACUGUUCACAAACAAAGAUAGUGGGCUCCAAGAAAAAAAGGUAAGGGGUGUAGUUUAGUAGUUAGCUAGCUAGCCAAGUGGCCAACUUUAAUGUGUUUCUUCUUCUUCUUCUCAUGAAAGGAAGCUAGAUUAUAGAGGUUUGUCCUUAGAAACUCAAAUUCUUAGAAAAAUUAACUUUAUGGUAUACUUCUUAUGAUUUUGUCAAGUUAUUGUGCUCUUAUCUCUCCCUCUUGUUUGCCCACUUGAGGCUUUCUAAUUUAGCCAAUGCAUAGUAAUUGUUUUGUUACUUUCA